GUCCAUGGCAAGGAGUGGACCGUUGGUGACAACAAGGGAUAGAGCUUCAGCGUCUCCGGAUGGGAGAGUGGCAAGCACAUCCAGUCCGGUGACGUGCUUGUGUUCAAGUACAACCCGGGUAUGCACAAUGUGGUGCAGGUGGGAGAAGGCGACUACAACUCAUGCAGGGUCUCGGGCCCGUCGAGGACCUACACCUCCGGCAAUGACCACAUCCAGCUCUCCCACGGAGGCAAAGCGUUCUUCAUCUGCAGCCUUCUGGGUCACUGCCAGCAAGGCAUGAAGAUCGCUGUCACUGCUUAAUAGAUCUCGUGCAUAUGCGUGUCUUUGUAUUUUGUACUUUUUUACCAAGUCUUUAUGGUGUGCUAGGUCAUGAUGAAUUGGUGAUAGAAGAAAUAAAUUGAUCCUAGUGCAGUGCAUGCAUCAUGUUUUCAUGGAAUCUUGAUAAACCAACAUCUAUUUGGACUAGCUACUGUUAAUAUACAAGUAGACAUAAGCUCCUACCAUUCUACCGAGGAAUCGACCACUAUUUCACUUUUCUAUUCUUGUGAUCUUCGGUAUCAACAAGAAGUCAAGAGCAACACCAUCAAUGGCUCGGGCAACCAUGGUACCCACCCUUUUGGUGCUGCUUCUGGUCGUUUGCUGCGCAACCACCGUCGUCCAUGGCAAGGAGUGGACCGUUGGUGACAACAAGGGAUGGAGCUUCGGCGUCUCCGGAUGGGAGAGUGGCAAGCACAUCCAGUCCGGUGACGUGCUUGUGUUCAAGUACAACCCGAGUAUGCACAAUGUGGUGCAGGUGGGAGAAGGCGACUACAACUCAUGCAGGGUCACGGGCCCGUCGAGGACCUACACCUCCGGAAAUGACCACAUCCAGCUCGCCCGCAGAGGCAAAGCAUUCUUCAUCUGUAGCCUUCCGGGUCACUGCCAGCAAGGCAUGAAGAUCGAUGUCACUGCUUAAUAGAUCUCGCGCAUAUGUGUGUCUUUGUAUUUGUACUUUUUACCAAGUCUUUAUGGUGUGCUAGCUCAUGAUGAAUUGGUGAUAGAAGAAAUAAAUUGAUCCUAGUGCAGUAUCUGCAUCAUGUUUUCAUGGAAUCUUGAUAAACCAA